UGUCAGAAAACAGCACAAACAAAGUUUUGAAACUGCUUUCUUCAAUCAUCUUGCGUCAUAUUUACAUAACUCAAAUUCCAAACAUCACCAUCCUCUAUCGAUAUUCAUUAUAAAUACUCCUUCUGAUCCACCUUUAACCACACUUCUCUUCUUCCACCAUUGUUUCAGCUCCAUGGGGUGGUCUUCCUCCAUAUCUGUUGUGCUGUUUCUUACCCUUCUCAUUCAUGGUAUAAGAUCUGCAGAGAAUGGUUGCAACUUGUUCGAAGGAAGCUGGGUUUAUGAUGAUUCAUACCCUCUUUAUCAUAGCUCAAUGUGUCCCUUUAUAGAGCCGGCAUUUGAUUGUGAAAAGAAUGGCAGACCAGAUAAGUUCUAUCUCAACUAUAGAUGGCAACCAACGGGGUGUAACAUAACGAGAUUCAAUGGUGAAGAUUUCUUAACAAGACUGAGAGGGAAGAGUCUGAUGUUUGUGGGUGACUCUUUGAGUUUGAACCAAUGGCAGUCACUCACUUGCAUGCUUCACGUAGCUCUGCCAUCUGCUCCAUAUUCAAUAGUAAGGAAUGGUGGUGUUUCCAUUUUCACCUUCAAGAGCUAUGGUGUGAAGUUGAUGUUCUCACGCAAUGCAUUUCUGGUGGACAUUGUUAGAGAAAAAAAUGGUCGAGUUCUAAAACUAGAUUCAAUUGGAGCUGGUGAAACGUGGAAAGGAGUAGAUGUACUGAUAUUUGACUCUUGGCAUUGGUGGCUUCACACGGGAAGAAAACAACCAUGGGAUUUCAUUCAAGAUGGAAAUCAAACAGUUAGAGACAUGGAUCGAUUGGUCGCAUAUGAGAAAGCAAUGAAAACAUGGGCGAAAUGGGUUGACGACAAUGUUAACCCUGCAGAAACAAGGGUUUUCUUCCAAGGGGUCUCUCCAGAUCAUGAGAAUGCAGAAAACUGGGGUGAACAUGCAGGAGAGACAUGUUUGAGAGAAAGUAGGCCAGUUUUGGGAUCCAAGUAUCCAGGAGGAGCAGUUCCAGCAGAGUUGAGCUUACAGAAAGUGAUAGGAUCCAUGAAAAAGACAGUGGAAUUGUUGGACCUUACUACACUUUCACAGCUGAGAAAAGAUGGUCACCCUUCUAUUUAUGGUAAUGGAGGUCAUAGAGGCUUGGAUUGCAGCCAUUGGUGUCUUCCUGGUGUUCCUGAUACUUGGAAUCUUCUUCUCUAUUCUGCUCUCAUGCAAAAAUCACUUCCUAUUCUUCAUUCAAACUAAAUUCUCUU